CGAACCUUAUCACUGCUCUUCCUGAAACCGAUUCACUACAAAUCACCCCCUGAUUCCACUGGUUAUGCGUUCUAAUAUGUGGGGCCCCUCGUUUGAGAGGGGGGCUGAAGGUGUACAAUACCGUCCGGGGGUCGGGCAACCCAAGAGAUAACGAUUGCACGACUGGACAGACAGGAAUAUCUGCCCAGUACUUUAGCCUUGGCGAUAAGACCUAAGUCAGCUUGGAUCAGCAGAUCAUGACUCGGUCGCCCGUCGGGGAGGAUCUUCGAUUCAUUAAAACUCACGUGUUAGGUUGCAAGUCCCUAUAUCAGUUCUGUCAUAUACAUUAUCUCGUCUUUCUUCACAACAAGUCGAACUUCUGUACACCGUGAAUUUUCACCUGGUCAGCGUUUGAGCCAUGUCAAAACAAAUCCGUCUCGGCAUUCUCACGCCUUCUUCAAAUACCGCGUUGGAACCUCUCACUUUCCAGACCGUUUCCUCCAUUCCGAAUGUCUCCGUUCAUUUUUCCCGUUUCCCAGUCACGGCGAUCAGUCUCUCAACCAGAGGUCUCGCCCAGUUCGACCACUCAGUCAUCAUGCAAGCCGCUGAACUACUUGCCCAUGCCGAAGUUGAUAUGAUAGGCUGGAGCGGAACAGCAGCAGGAUGGAUGGGAUUCGAGAGUGACGAAAAACUCUGCGAAGCCAUUACCAAAGCCACGGGUAUCCCCGCCACUACCUCCGUAUUGGCUUUGAACAAGGCUUUGGAUAUUUUUAAGGUCAAGAAGCUUGGACUGGUCACGCCUUAUCUAGAUGACGUCCAGGAGAGAAUUGUGAAGAACUACAACGCCAUUGGGAUGAAGAUCACCUCGAAGAUGGAACGCCACCUGCGCAUUGAGAAGAACGCUGACUUUGCCCUGAUUGGAGAGGUUGUAUUGGAGAGGUUGGUAGGGCAAGUGGUUGAGGGGGGAGCGGAGGCUGUUUCGACGUUCUGCACGAAUCUGUUAGCGGCGCAUAAGGUUGAGCUUUGGGAGGCAAAGUAUGGCGUUCCAGUGUUGGAUACUGUCACUACCGUCACUUGGGAUAUGUUAAGGCAGUGUGGGGUAGAUACGAAAGCGAUUAAAGGGUGGGGGAGAAUAUUCCAGGAGGCAUGAUUAAAUUGAUAAACAUGACAAUAAUUGUUCUGAUGCAUUGAAGAUGAUCUACGAAAAAUGUGCGAUAUAUAGUCGCAACGGAAUCGACUUGAAAUGAUGAUCACACGAAUUGUAAAAUCGGUUUGAAG